AUGAAAGUUGAGUUAGGCUGCGUGGCUGUGCUUACAGCCCUGGCUCCUAUAGGUGCUUCGGCCCAAGGUAGCUCCUGGGAAGAUGCCUACGAGACAGCCGCGGCUGCUGCCGCAAAGCUAUCACUGGACGAGAAGGUCGGCAUCGUGAGUGGCGUCGGCUAUGGAAGGGGUGUCUGCACCGGCAACAACCACGGUGCCGACACCAUUGGUUUUCCUUCUCUUUGUCUACAGGACGGACCCCUCGGUGUCAAAGGUACCAAGUCGGCGACAGCAUUCACGCCUGGUAUUCAGGCUGCCUCUACGUGGGAUGUGGACCUUAUCCGGCAGCGUGGGCAGUUCCUGGGUGAAGAGACCAAGGCCCUCGGCGUCAACGUUCUCCUCGGUCCCUCAGCCGGUCCGCUCGGCAAGCACGCACUGGGGGGACGUAACUGGGAAGGGUUCAGCCCAGACCCGUACUUGAGCGGUGUCGCGAUGUACCAGACAGUCGCAGGGAUGCAAUCCGCUGGUGCCCAGGCGUGCGCCAAGCAUUGGAUUCUGAACGAGCAGGAAUUCGACCGAACUUACAUUUCGAGCAACCCGGAUGACCGUACUGUCCACGAACUGUACGCCUGGCCGUUCAUGGACGCCGUGAAGGCCAAUGUGUCCUCGUUCAUGUGCAGUUACAACAAGGUCAACGGCGUAUAUAGCUGCGAGAACGACUACGUCAUGAACGAGCUUCUAAAGGACCAGCUCGGUUUCAAGCACGGAUACGUCAUGUCGGAUUGGAACGCCGUAACUUCUACAGUACAGGGCGCCAACAAUGGGCUCGACGCAGUCAUGCCUGGGAGCGACUACUAUGGCGGAAUCAUUUACUGGGGCCCGCAACUCAAAGCGGCCGUUGAACGUAACGACGUGUCUCAGGAACGGAUUGACGAUAUGGUUCAACGCAUCCUGACUCCGUGGUACGCUCUCAGCCAAGAUCGAGGCUAUCCUGCCCUUGACCUCAACAGGGAUGUUCAGGCGGACCACAAGACCAACGUCCGCGCAGUGGCCAGAGACGGCAUUGUACUCCUGAAGAACGAGAACGAUACGCUACCUCUGCCCCUGAAGAAGCCGUCCCGUAUUGCUGUUAUUGGCACAGGCGCUUUCAAGGGCAGGCACGCUAACAACGGUCCCGAUUGCGAUAACAAGUUCUGCAAUGACGGUGCUAUUGGCAUGGGAUGGGGUUCCGGUAGCGAUAACUACCCGUACUUUGUCGCUCCCUUCGACGCCAUAUCCGCCCGUGCCACGACUGAUGGUAUCACGAUCUCUCAGAGCAACUCUGACAAUAUUACAGAGGGUGCUGCUGCAGCCAAGGGUGCCGAUUUCGCUCUUGUCCACAUCACUGCCGUUUCUGGCGAGCAGUACCUGCCCACUGGGGUGGAAGGCAUCAUUAGCGACAGGAUCGACUUCGACCCGUCGCACAACGGAAACGCCCUGGUCAAGGCCGUUUCCGAGGUUAAUGAGAACGUCGUCGUAGUCGUACACACCGUGGGACCCCUGGUCCUGGAGUCGAUCUUGUCUAACCCUUCAGUCAAGGCUAUCGUUUGGGCAGGCCUACCCUCAUCGGAAAGCGGGAAUGCGCUUGUCGACGUGCUCUGGGGCGAUGUUUCACCCUCUGGGAAGCUAGUAUACAGCAUCGCUAGGCAGGCCGCCGACUACGGUACUUCUAUUUCUAUCUCGGGUACGGACGACUUCGCCGAGGGUCUCUAUAUCGACUACCGCCACUUCGAUAAGGAGAAUAUCGAGCCGCGGUACGAAUUCGGCUUCGGUCUCUCGUACACGAAAUUCAACUUCACCGAUCUUGGCACAGCCCUCACGCCUGAUUCUAGAUCCGGACCAACCACGGGCCCCAUCGUCACCGGUGGUCCAUCAGACCUUUGGAAUAUCGUGGCCACGGUGACUGCGAAUGUGACCAACAUUGGUGAAGUCCGAGGUGCCGAGGUCGCGCAGCUGUACAUCACUUUGCCCUCGUCUGCCCCGACUACCCCGAUUCGUCAGCUCCGUGGCUUCGACAAGUUGCCUUUGGCUCCUGGCCAAACUGGCACCGCCACCUUCCUGCUUACGAGACGUGAUCUAAGCUUCUGGGACACCAAUAGUAAAAAAUGGGUUAUGCCUACCGGCACUUUCGGUAUCAGUGUUGGAGCUAGCAGUAGAGACUUGACACUACAGGGCACUCUACAGAUUGAUUAA